GUUUUCGUAUUUCUGAAUAGUUUUGCUGCAUCAAGAUAAACUGACAACGGCUUGAAGUUAUGUCCUGAAAACGAACCGAAUACUUUAGCUUCAAGCAAUUAAAGCCCAUAUUAGGGUUUGCCAAAGUGCUUUUCAAGCUUCACAACCAUUGUGUAUUUUUGUACCCAAGUUCAGCUAUUAAAGUAAUUAAACAAUAUGUCAGACGAUAAAAAGCGAGGUGAGGAUGCGGUUGAAGAUGGAGGACCUGGUCUGGUGUACAUGCCAUUUGUUGUAAAUGAAGAACUUGUUGAUAAGCUGAGACUUCUCAACUACGAGACAGAAUUCAUUAAACCACUGAAUAUGAAAUCCAUGAGCAGACAUUAUUUUGCAAUUGGAACUAACCCUGGAGAACAGUUCUUUAUGUUUACAUCGUUAGCUGCUUGGUUGUUAAGAACAGCUGGUCGUAACUUUGAACAGCCACAGGAGUAUGAUGACCCUAAUGCAACAAUCUCGAGUAUAAUUGCUGAAGUUAAAAGAUUUGGUCAAAAGACCCAGAAAUCGCAUAGAAAUGAUAAGUCUGACGUUAUUAUGAUAAAUAAUUACUCAGUUGAUUUCCCGCCAUCUAAAUUGAAGCAGGGUUGUGGAGAACAUUGCCUGUAUGUACUAGACAGACUGGCUGAUGAAGCUCUUAAACAUACCAACUUCAGAUGGGGAAGACCUGAGUAUCCUGAGGAAGAAUUGGAAGAAGAAAAUAUUGUAGAAGAUGAUGCUGAACUUACACUUAACAAAGUUGAAGACAAUAUAUUUGGGAUGCAUGAUGAUGAUGAGGAAUUUGAAGAUGAUGAACCAAUGAUGGACCUGGAGGGGCUGAGAAAACUCAAUCAAAAGGCAAAUGAUGAGAAGUCAAAGCCAGAUGAGAUCAUGGAGUCAACAACAGACGCUGCUGACUGGAAACUUGAAGUUGAGAGAGUUUUACCACAGCUCAAAGUCACCAUUAGAACUGAUAAUAAGGACUGGCGUGUUCAUGUUGAACAAAUGCAUCAACACAAAGAUGGCAUUGAAACAUCUCUUACUGAGACAAAAACAUACCUAGAUAAACUACAUGACGAGAUCACUCGUACAUUAGAAAAGAUCAACAGCCGGGAGAAAUAUAUAAAUAACCAGUUAGAACAUCAUCUGGUUGAGUUCCGUGGAGCUCAAGACAGUUUGGCAGAAACCAAAGAGAGAUACAGACAAGCUAGUGGUGGGGUCACUGAAAGGUCAAGAUUACUGGCAGAGGUUACAGAGGAAUUGGAGAAAGUAAAAAUGGAAAUGGAAGACAGGGGCAGCAGUAUGACUGAUGGAGCUCCUCUGGUGAAAAUCAAGCAGUCCAUCACACAGUUAAAGAAGGAAAACACUCAGAUGGAUAUCCGGCAAGGCGUUGUGGAACAUAUUCUGCUACAAGCUAAACUUAAAGACAAAACUUCUCAAAACAAGCAGGCCCAUUCAACAAAUCCCUCAUCAUCUCAAUAUCCAGCAUCCUACUAGUUAUAUUCACUGUACAACUAGCUAUAACUAGAGAUCUUCUAGUUGAAUCCCGUUUACAACUAGUUGUUACCAAGGACAUACAGUUUGUAUCCAUUUGCAACUAGUUGUUACCAGAGACCUACUAGUUGUAUGGAGUUUGCAACUAGUUGUUACCAAGGACCUACAAACUGUGUAUUCAACUAGUUGUGUCUAAUAUGCAACUAGUCGUAAACUAGGGACCUACUAGUUGCACUAUCUGUGAUAUACAUACAUGAAAUUUUCUUCUCAUAAAUUGAUCUGAUACUCUUGCAUUUAAAGGCUUUAAUAAUUAAUUUUCAUACUUUAUCAAGUUGCUUAAACAGUUUUUUCCAUAUCUGAAAUGUAUACAGGUUUUUAAAUGAACCCUCGUUAGUGUGUAAGGUUCUUUGAAAAUUGUUGAGGGAUUAUAACAUAUCAGGGUGAUUGUGUACUUGCUAUUUAUAGAAUAAGAAAAAUAGGUAAAAUUGCUGUAGUGAUACAAAGGGCAAAAGUGUUUAUUUGUUGAUGUCAUAACAAUGCAUGUUUAUAGUUUGUCUUUGAUAACACACCAUGGACAUACAAGGAAAACUGAAUAUGUGUACAUAAAAAUGUAGAUGAAUUAUGCUCUUUAAUUACAGUGCAUUCUGUGAUUUUCAAUAGCUGUCUGUUUUGCAUAAAGAAGUAAGCUUUUUAAUCAAACUUUGGCAUGUACACGUGUUUGUAAGGGAAAUAAGCGAGAUGUUAGACUGUUUCCCUCUUAUUUCUGAUUUUUUUUUUGUCGAGAAUUUGAGCAUUUUAACUUUUUCUAGUUUCAGAAUCAUUAAUUGCUAGCUGCAGACGGGCAUACAGUAGUAUUCCUAGGUAUGCCCCUGAAACCAAAUGACUAGUAACUCGUGUUUUACUCCGCUGCAGGUUUAUAGUCCGUCCAAUAUAUGUAAAUUGUGCUUUAAUUGAAAAUAAUUGUUGUGUAUUUUAUUGUAUAUUUUUUCAGUAUUUAUUUAUUUUGUUAUGAUUUUUGACAUCAGUAUCACCAGGUGUAAAAUUUAAAUUUUGCAAAACUACCAGCUUUAUCAAGCAGUUUAAUAUAGACAUUUCUAACACAUUUUUCAUACUUUGCAGCAUUUUACAGAGAUUUGUUAAAAGAAUUAGUUAAAUCUUUCAAAACAACUGACAGAAAGUGACUUUAAUUUUAGGUUAGAGAUUAACUUUUAGCCUGCUGGUGGCAAGUGAAUUUGCCUUUGAAACCUGUGCAAUCCAAGAUCAGCCUGCACACCCAUGUGGGCUGAUCAUGGUCUGCACUGUUCGCUAUUCAGACAGUAAAUUUUCAAUGAACACCCCUUUCAAUAAUAAGUGGUGCUGCCCAAAUUGAAUGAUGGACCAGUCCAUUUUAGAAAUUUAGCAGGGUAAAGGUUAAUCAUCAGCAGAAAUAUAAACAUGACAGCAUGUGUUCAAACUGUUGGUCUCCAUUACAUGUGUCUUGUGUGUCUACUACAUUCCAAAAUUACAAUGGUAUAGAUGUAUUUAAUGAUUGAAUAAAAAUAUGAGCCGUGCCAUGGGAAAACCAACAUAGUGGCUUUGCAACCAGCAUGGAUCCAGACCAGCCUGCGCAUUCGCGCAGUCUGGUCAGGAUCCAUGCUGUUCGCUUUCAAACCCUAUUGUAAUUAGAAAAACUAUUAGCAAACAGCAUGGAUCCUGACCAGACUGCAUGGAUGCGCAGGCUGGUCUGGAUCCAAGCUGGUUGCAAACCCACUAUGUUGGUUUUCUCAUGGCGCGGCUCAUUUAUUAAUGUUGCAAUAUUUGUUGAAUUUAUUAUUCUACCUUUGGUGUAAAGAAGAUCCCAGUAGAAGUUAUGAUAUACAUUACUUUAAAUGUAUCUAAGGGAGGGGCGGAAGUAGGAAUUUUACAAAUUUUAAAGAUCUCUAAAAACAAACUUUGUAGCCAAAAAUGUAGUUUCCCCUAUGUUAAAUUAUGUUGAAAGAAAAAAUUUUGAUACGAACAUACCAGACAUUCAAAGACAAAACUUGUUAAUCAAAAUUAAAGUAACACUAUAUUAAAAUUUUAUGAAAAAUUUUUUUUUACCUUUCAAAUGUGAAAAUCUUUUGAAGUUAAUUUUACUUU